AAAAAAAAAAAAAACCUUUUCUCACUCCCAAACGAUAUUUUCAGUUUUUUUUUAGAAUUGUGAAACCUUUUUUUUUUGUUUUUGAUCAAAAGAGUGGAAUCAGAGAGAGAGUUAUGGAGGAGGAGAGGAGCAACGUCACGGCUUUAAGCGAUCCGCAUCAUUCCACCGCCGAUCUUCUUUCUUGGUCUGAGAUCCGCCGUCCCGAUUAUUCCACCGCCGCUAACCGCUCUAACCAGCCGUCUGAUGGAAUGAGCGAGGUGCUUGGUGGCGGCGGUCAGAUCACCAACUCGGAAUCCGAAUCGCUUAAUAAGAAUGUUUCGUAUAGGAAGAACUGUUCUGGGCAUAAGCUGAAAGAGAUGACUGGUAGUGACAUAUUCUCUGAUAAUGGUAAAGAUGAUCCAAUUCACCAAACAAGAAUCCAUUACCAUCAGGAUCAGCAAAGUCAGAUAUCUUUCAGCGGUGAAGAGAAUGUGACUCCUAAGCAACCCGCUACUUUAAACGAGGCUGCAAAGCAAAAGGAGCUGAGCAGGACCGUUGAAACGGAAGCGGAUUCAAAGAGCAAGAAGAAGCAGAUUUCCAACACCAAGUGUAAAGCUAUGAGAGGUCAUGAUAUCUUUGCAUCUCCUGAAAUCCAACCUCGCCACUUGUUAGCUGUGACACAAUCAGAAGUUAAAGGAAUUAAGAACACGGAGGAAUCCGCACCGAGGAGCUCUCGUGGAUCUGUCAAAGUCUCUACCGGGCAAAGCGGCAACAGAAUGUUUAGUGAAGAACAUGUUGUGAAGUCAUCAAGGAAGAUACAUAACCAGAAGUUUCAAGAACUGACAAGCAAUGGUAUCUUCAAAUCUGACAAAAUCCCUCCUGGUUAUUCUGAGAAGAUGCAAAGCUCAGCUAAGAAACGGGAAAUGAGCGGCCACAAUAUAUUUGCAGACGGGAAGUCGGAAUAUCGGGAUUACUAUGGUGGCGCGAGGAGACCUCCCGGUGGUGAGAGCAGCAUUUCGUUGGUCUAAAAUGAAACCUCCGAGACUCUUAAUAAUAUGUUCAUGUUUAGGAUUUAGUAUUCUACUUUUCUACCUUAACUCUCUACCACAAGUCGUUUGUGUGCGUGUGGUCUUUUGUGUAUGCGCUUUAUUAUUCAUAAUAGAUAACUUCAACGCGCACUUGUGUGUUCU